CUCCUGGGUUCGGUUGAGAUCAGGGGUUUUGCAGCAAAGGGAAAUAUCCGGGUAUCUGAUCCUAUGCUGGACUUGGUGGGAGAUAUCUGUAUAAGACGCCCUGUCUCAUCGCCUCUCUGCUGCAGACUCGUGCACAGUUCGUCUUCAGUUGACUUCACCCUCUUAUUUACUACAACCCUAUAUUUCCAUCCAGUUCUGUUUGGCGGCCGCAAUGAAGUUCUCGGCUUCCUUAGCCAGUGUGCUGGCAAUGGCAACCACUGCUGUUGCCUCGGGCAGUGCGAGUAACUUGCGCAUUCAGACCUCCAGCGGCGUCGUCCAGGGUGGUGUGAACAGCACCUAUCCGGACGUCCGUCAGUUCUUGGGCAUCCCGUUCGCUCAACCCCCCGUAGGCAACCUCCGGUGGCUGCCUCCUCAGGAAGUUAACCAGAGCGGUAGCAUCAUUGAUGGCACCACCAUGCCCCCUGCCUGCCCCCAAGGUUCCGCAAUGAUGAGUCCCUUUGGCCGGUUUGCCCCGGAGACGCUGAUCGCGGGAGGCACCAGCGAGGACUGUCUGACCCUCAGUAUCUGGGCUCCAGACAACGCCAAGUCAGACCUACCAGUCAUCAUCUGGAUCUACGGCGGUGAAUUCAUCUUGGGUGGCACCGACACCCCGGCCUGGAUUCCCUCUCAAUGGAUUCAACGUACCCAGGAGCACAUCGUUGUCAGCAUCCAGUACCGGCUGAACAUGUUCGGCUUCCCCGCGGCACGCGGGCUGACGGAGCAGAACCUCGGUAUCCUGGACCAGCGUUCUGCCAUCGAGUGGCUCCAGAAGAACAUUGCCCAGUUCGGAGGCAACCCCGAUCAGAUGAUCCUCUGGGGUCAGAGUGCCGGAGCAGGCAGUGUGGACAUCCAGAACUUUGCCUACCCCAAUGACCCUAUCGUCCAAGGUUUCGCCAGCGACUCCGGCUCCGUCUUCCUCACCGUGAACACGCGUUCAACCGACGAGGCGGGCACCAACUUCAGCACGGUAGCUUCCCACUUCGGCUGCUCGGGCACCGCCGCACAGGAGCUCUCCUGCCUGCGUCAGGUCCCCGCAGCGAACAUCACCUCCUACCUGGGUGCUGGAGGGGCCAGCCUGACCUUCCUGCCCUUUAUCGACAACAAGGUCGUCUUCAACAACUACACCGCCCGGUACCUUGGUGGCCACCUGAGCAACAAGCCCGCCCUCUUCGGAUCGAACCUGAACGAGGGUACCAUCCUGGCUGGUGGCUCGGACAACGCCAUGGCAGAGGCCAUCACCCUGUCCGGCUUCCAGUGCCCCGUCCCAUACUCGACCGCUUAUCGCCAGGCCCUCGACCUCACCACAUACCGCUACCAGUAUCGGGGCAACUUCUCCAACGUGUCUCCCUCUCCCAGUUUGGGCGCGUACCACACCGCCGAGCUGCCGCUGAUAUUCGGUACUUCGGGCGACUUCUAUGGGGCCAACACGCCGUUCGAGACCAAGGUGGGCGAGACGAUGCAGGACCUGUGGUUGGCCUUUGCAAAGGACCCGGCGAAUAGUCUGGCGCAGCAGGGAUGGCCUAAAUCAACGAGCAACAAGUUCUUGAUGCUAGCAGGGGAGGAUGCCUCCAACAAGACGGUUGUGUCGGCUCUGGUGGCCGAUGACACCAUCGACGACGCAUGCACAAGCUAUUACUCCAGCUACCUUGUGUAAGCGCGUAGGGCUCGUGACGCAUCAGAUAAAAGGGUUGGGAGCCUGAUCGGGACGUAUGUGCUUGUCGCAUUGUGAAAUCGCCGGCUUGGAUGAGGUGUAAUUAGUAGUUAGUCUUGAUCUGGUCUCAUGUCUGUUGUUUACUGUGAACUCCUGGAAGCAACAGAGAUGUUCCGGGAGAUGUGAAUAGGCCGAUGUACAUAAGAAAGAAGAUGUCUUGAUUUCCAUUUCAGUAGUAUAAGAUUGUAGCUUGAUCUCGUGUGGAUUCUUGCAG